UAAAUGCCGAUUCUUCAUAAACCGGCAAGCCUGCAACUAAUAAUUCAAGCCCUUGCUCUUGUUGCCCAUCAUCGCCGGCAGUUGGACGGUGGAGGAAGCAAACAAUGGGGUUUCAGAUGCUGAAACAACCCAUAUGCACCUUUUGCGCAUUCAGCUCGAGAAAUAGCAGCUUUAAUUCCUUCUCCAAAUCCAAAGUAGUUCCUCGGUUUCCCGGUAAAUUGAUGGGAAUAAAGGUUUCCAUGUCUCAGGGUUUUGCUUCUGCAACAUCGGCAAAGGGUCAGAAGAAGAAGAAGAGACUAGAUGAAAUAUGCCUCGAGAGAUACCAACAAUAUAGUCGAACAUUUAUACAAUCGUGGAUUCUGCAAGGGAAGGUGCUCGUAGAUGGUAAAGUUGUAAACAAAGCAGGAACCCCAAUCCCUGACAAAGCUACUGUGGAGAUUAUAGCUGAAGUUCCAAAAUAUAGGUGGACAUAAGUUAGAAGCUGCUAUUGAGCAACUGGGGGUGGAUGUAGUUGGAAAGGUAGCUCUAGACUCUGGCUUGUCAACAGGAGGGUUUACAGAUUGCUUACUGCAGUAUGGUGCUGCUUUUAUUUAUGGAGUUGAUGUAGGAUAUGGCCAGGUUGCUGACAAAAUCCGCAAGGAUCAACGUGUAAGUGUUAUAGAGAGGACAAACCUGAGAUACCUAUCUGAACUCCCACAAAAGGUUGAUUUGGUGACUUUGGAUCUCUCCUUUAUUUCAAUACUUCUGGUCAUGCCAUCUGUGGUCAAUUUGAUGAAGGAAGAAGCGUCACUAGUUACUUUGAUUAAACCUCAGUUUGAGGCGCGGAGAUCCCAAGUAAGCUGUAUAUUAAGAUUUAUGGUUCUAUUUUACUUGAUCUGUGUGAGGCAUACUUCAACAUGUAUCCUCAUGUGAACAAUUUGAGGGGUGGAUAAAUGAGUAAUGAACCACCUAAAGUCCUAAAUCAUGACUGCAAAACAAACAAAAAACAAUUAUAGCAAGUGGGUCGACUAUGAUAAUAUUUUAAGAUUUAGAUUCCAUUCUAAAAAGUAAACAUGAUAGGAGUAGUUGGAGAUAUUUUAUAGUAGAGAACGAUUGGUGACACUGAAAUUGAUUGAAUCGACUAAAAUUGAUGAAAUUCUGACCGAAACAGCUGAAAAAUUGAUUGAAUCGACUAAAAUUGAUGAAAUUCUGACUGAAACGGCUGAAAUAGCUGAAUCAGUUGAAUUAUGGAAAAAUAUACUUAAAAUAUUGGGAAAACUAUCAAAUAAGUCCUUGCACUAUAGUGAAAAAGUCAAUUAUGUCCUCCUAUUAAGCCACCCAAUCAAGUCCCCAAACUAUUAAAUAAUAUUCAAUCAGGUAUUUCAGCUGGUUAUAUACCCAUUAUGCCGGUAAUGGCUGAUGUGGUGAGCCACGUGUCAAGAAAACUUUAAUUUCCUGCUGCACUGCACUCAACCUUGGCAGCGGUGGUUUAUCUCGUUUUGAGGACAGACUGGAAGUGCCCGAAGUGCGUACAGGUCUAGCUUUGGAGGGCAUUUGGUGGUGGUCCUUGUCCAUCAGAUUCCGGGGCUGGUACUGAAGCUGGAUUUGCCGGUUUGAGACUACCGCCGGAAGUAUUCCAGGAGGCUCAUCUGGUUUUGUACCCAGCUCAGGCAGGGUGGAAUGGGAACUAAUUAACUUUGAUUGGUUUGUUGGUGGCUCUUGUUCACAGUUUGGACUUUGGAGGUGUACGUACAAGCUAAGACUUGCACCCGGCCUGGGCGGUGGCACAACUGUCGGCCGACGACAGCGCUAGCGACAACACCGAUGGUUGGGGGUGGCGGAAUAGUAAGGGAUCCAUUGGUCCAUCAAGAGGUCGUAGAGAAGAUCAUAAGUGGAGUGAAAGAUUAUGGCUUCCACUGCAAAGGCUGGAUUGAAUCCCCGUUGAAAGGGGCUGAAGGAAAUACAGAAUUCCUGGCUUACUUCUGCAAGACAGCCAUGGAAACAGAAACCAAGCUGGGGCAAGUGUAAAUUGAUUUUAAUGAUUAGUGAAAACUUAUCAUGGCUUCCUUUUAUUCCUUUCAACAUGAUUUGUUGGGAAGAAAAACAAUUCAUUUCUCCUAAUUCCAAAACCUAUUUUUAUGCACCCCAAGUUCUUCCAAUUUUUCGAGUAGGCUUAGAAAUUGGGUAGUAACCAACCCAAAUUCCAAGUCAGGUCUACCCGACUUGGAGUUCUUAUUUGGUUUCUUUAUUGUCGACCAGAUUCAGGUGGUUCAAAAUUAGGAUCGACCAUUGUUCUUAAAUGAGGGUGAACAUAAGCCUCCUUUGGCUAGCCAAUAAUUUGUUUUAGUUCUAAAAUGCUACUCCAAUA